UAAGUCCCAAUAUCAUCAUCACCACCAUCAUCAUCAUCAAGACGAAUACGGAGGUCACGAACGAGUCGCUGGUUCGAAGCGUACUUCUCGUUGGGCUGCCUUAUUAAAAAGGUUACCCGGCAUGACCACAACGCUAAGCCUUUCCUAGGAACACAGCAGUGACAUUGCAUGGCACAACGGUGAUACCGGAGGACGGAGGAAUCGGAGCUGUCAAGGUGCUGGCGGUGUGCUAGCGUCACUGUCUGUGAAGAAGGCCGCAGCAGGACAACCGGAAUCAUGAGGACAGGUUCGAAAACGAUUUUGAUCCAUCCUGAUCGUCAACCAAUACGAUGCGAUUGUGGACGCCGUCCGGACCAUUGGUUGCAGUACCAUCCUAGAAAGGGAUCGACGCCCAAGGUUCUCUGGACUGAGCCUGGUGGCCGAACAGAGAACCAACUUAACGAUGAAAGAAGCCAUUCGAUCAAUGGGAACACGCCGGAUGAACGCAGUAAGAACAGUUUGAGAGUACCUAUGCCCUCCGGCGCUCUCACUGAUGACAGAAGACAUCGACCGCAAGUCGACGACGUUUAUGGAAGCGGUUCGCCCGUCACAACAUUCUUCUGCGUCAGGGUUGAUAUCUCCCCUGCAUACCAGAAGAAACCACUUUCUCCAGAAGGAACUAACGACCGUGAGCCUUCAUCCAUGUCAAACGUCAUACCUUCCACGUGAAGACGACUGGUUGCAUAUACACAAUAUUCGCUCUACCAAAAAUACGCUCAUUGUGCA